GUUUCUCACAGUGCGCCGUUCUCUUUUGCGCUUCAUUCCUCGUCCAUUUCUCAACGUGCGCUGUUCGUCGGACGUGUCCGUACAAUUUUGGAUUAAGUUCUCUCUCUCUCUCUGUGGCGUAUGUGUGUUUGUACGAAAUAGCUGCCGAAAAACGAAAACCGAGGUGCAAGAGCGAGAGUACAUAUAAAAAACGCGUGCGUUCCUCGUUGUAUUUGUGACCUGUGUUUGCGGAGGAUCAAAGUUUUUACAAAAAAUACCGGCACACAUCAAUAUAAAAGUAUUAUAACCACGCAACAAAUUCAAUUUUAAGCAUUUUAACUGAAAAACAAAAGGAAAUAAAUCAUGACUGAAGUUGAGCAACCGCCACAGAAUGGCAUAGAUCCCACUGCCGGCGAAGAUGAUGACAAAAACCAAGUACGUCCCGCGGAUAUUGAACAGGAUAUGCGCGAAAUGGAGCGUCGCAAGCGGGUUGAGGCCAUAAUGGGUUCGAAGUUGUUCCGCGAGGAGCUGGAGCGUAUCGUGGACUCGGCCCGAGAUGGAGGAGCUGGCGCCAGUGGGAUCCUGCAGCAGCUGUCGGACAUUGUCGGCGUGCCGGUAUCGCGGGUGGGCAGCGUCUUUAAGAGCAGCAACUGCAUGGUGCCCAUCAACGACAUACGCGGCGUCGAGUCCAUGGGCUACGCCAAGGGCGAGAAGAUACUUCGGUGCAAGUUGGCCGCCACAUUCCGUCUGCUCGAUCUGUACGGCUGGACCCAGGGUCUGGGGGCACAGAUCACCGCCCGACUUAAGGUCGACCAGGAGUACUUCUUGGUUAACCCGUACGGCCUGCUCUACCACGAGAUCACUGCCUCGGCGCUGAACAAGGUGGAUAUGCAGGGCCAGAUUGUGGAGCAGGGCACCACUAACUUUGGCGGCAACAAGAGUCACUUUAUCCUCCACUCGGUGGUACACGCUGCCCGUCCAGACAUUCGUUGCGCCAUCUACAUUGGCUGCAGUCCGGUUGUGGCCAUUUCCUCGCUGAAAUCCGGCCUGCUGCCGCUGACCAAGGAUGCCUGUGUGCUGGGCGAGAUCACUACUCACGCCUAUACCGGCUUAUUCGACGAGGAGGAGCGCAAUCGAUUGGUGCGAAGCCUUGGUCCCAACUCCAAGGUGAUUCUGCUGGCCAACCACGGUGCUUUGUGCUGUGGCGAGACCAUCGAGGAAGCCUUCUUUGCAGCCUGUCACAUUGUGCAGGCGUGCGAGACCCAACUCAAGCUGUUGCCUGUCGGUUUGGAUAACUUGGUGCUGAUUCCAGAGGAGUCGCGCAAGGCCAUCUACGAUCAGUCGCGUCGUCCGCCUGAGGAUCUGGAGAAGAAGUUUGCCGCCGUCGUGGCAGGCGAAGAUGGUGCUGCCGCUGCCGAAAAGGAAGCGACCGAGGCUCCCGUGCCCAAGGUGGGAAGUCCGCCCAAGUGGCGUGUUGGCGGUGCUGAGUUUGAGGCCUUGAUGCGCAUGCUGGACAACGCUGGCUAUCGCACUGGCUACAUCUACCGUCAUCCGCUGAUCAAAUCGGAUCCUCCUAAGCCUAAGAACGAUGUGGAAUUACCACCAGCUGUUUCAUCGUUGGGCUAUCUUCUCGAGGAGGAGGAGCUUUUCCGUCAAGGAAUCUGGAAGAAGGGAGAUCUGCGCAAGGGCGGAGACCGUAGCCGGUGGCUUAACUCGCCCAACGUUUACCAGAAGGUCGAGGUUUUGGAGACCGGCACUCCGGAUCCCAAGAAGAUUACAAAGUGGGUGGCUGAGGGUUCCCCCACCCACUCAACGCCAGUGAGGAUAGAAGAUCCACUCCAGUUUGUGCCUGCAGGAACAAAUCCAAGAGAGUUCAAGCGAGUCCAGCAACUAAUUAAGGACAACCGCCGGGCCGAUAAGAUUUCCGCCGGACCACAGUCGCAUAUUCUGGAGGGCGUCACAUGGGACGAGGCGAGCCGACUGAAGGACGCAACGGUUUCGCAGGCCGGCGACCAUGUCGUCAUGAUGGGUGCCGCUUCCAAGGGAAUCAUCCAGCGUGGAUUCCAACACAAUGCCACGGUGUACAAGGCUCCGUAUGCCAAAAAUCCAUUCGACAAUGUCACGGACGAUGAACUCAAUGAAUAUAAGCGCACGGUGGAGCGCAAAAAGAAAUCGGUGCAUGGCGAAUAUACCGACACAGAUUUUUCGGAAUCAGAAGCGGUCCUGCAGGCGGGGACAAAGAAAUACCCUCAAAGUGAACCAGAGACCGAGCACCAGGUCAUUGAGAUCCAGACGCAACAAGCGCCAGUGCCCAGGCAGGCGGAAGUCGUGUUGAGCGAUGCACUUAAAUUUCACUUGGCCCAAAAGUAUGCGUUUCUAUAUUCACCUGGGCAAUACGGCCUAAAAAUGGGACCAGUUGAGCAGAUGGUCUAUGUCAUACACAAGAUCAUCCCCGACAGCAGGCACAACUAUCCACCAGUCCACGAUGGCAAUAUGAGCAUUCAGCAAAACGGAAGUGUAACUGGAUUUGAAGGCAACCCGCCAGGCAUUCUCAGUAGCACCCCCAUUCGAAAUGGGAUGGCAUCAGUUUCGUUGCCGGAUGAGAGGAAUCAGUCUGUCGCCGAAUUGUCAACACCUCCCUACCGCACCAUCUCCCAUUUUGGCUUUAAUUGUCCACUGAUUACGUCGCCAACGAUUCUGCUGCAUCCGGAACACCGAUCCAUUUGGCAGACGGUGGCCGAGCAGCGCGAGAAGGUGGUCUCCUUCAUCGAUCUGACGACAUUGAGCUUGGAUAACCGCAAGCUGCUGAAUGUGAUGACAGCCACUCAGUCGAACCAAUUCCCAUCGCAAUCCUUUGUCUCUGAGAAGCACAUUCAGUUGGAAGUCUCGCCUCCGAAGCGGAAGCAGAGGGUCUACAGCAGCGGCACCACCAGCAGUGUCUUGGAUGACAGUCUAGAUGAGCUGGACUCCAUGAUGAGCGGCCUGGCCAUCGGUACGCCUCACAGGCGGGAACAUGAUAGCGGUCUCUACCGCAGCUACACCUUUCUACCCAUAAAUCAUGGUCUUCCCGAGGGCACUGAUGCCAAUAAUAGGGAGCAGGCGGAUCGGGAGCGACCUGAGGCCGAUCAGGAGGAAGACAGUGGCCUGGUGGAUUCGUCCGGCAGACGCCCACGGCUGGCCACCACCAGCAAUGAUUCGUCCACCCAGGAGGCCGAGGCCUAUUCCCAGGGCAAACACGUUAAGCUAACGUUGAGCAGCACACCAACACCCACGACGACCACGCAAUCGCCGGCGGUCAUCGAGAUCCUGAUCAACGUGUCGCUGCGUAAUGCCGAGUGCGUCCAAACGGUUCACACGCACGAGCAGGAGUUCCGGGCCAAGCUGGAAAGGGUGAUCGACGAGGAGAUCAACUAUAUAUCGCAGCAGCUCGCAUACAAGCACCGUCAGGCGGAGUUGCUCCAGCAGCGGGCUCCCCUGGCCACUCCCUCUUCCACGACUAUGCCUCCGCCGCCGCCACCGCCCUCAGCAUCGUCCUCGGUUCAGCGCAGUAACUCGGCGCCGGAGCUGUGCCACACCUAUAGCUAUGUGGCCGUGGGAAUGGCCAAGCCAGGUGAAGCCUCGCCACAAUUGCCGGCGGAGGGUGAGCCUCUAAAUGACAUCUUAAGCAGUCUGCAAAGGGAACUCGAGCGUCUGCUGAAUAGCGUAGUGAGAGCGCACAUGCUUCACAACCAGGCAAUUAUUCACGAGUGCCGGGCUCGCAUCUCGCAGUUGGCCGAGGGUCUGGCCACCUCUUAAUUCCAUAUUCAGAUUUUUAUAAAUAACUACAUC